GGGCGGGGCUUCCUGUGAGAGGCUUUCAAGUCCUGACUGAAAAUCGGUUUUUUACUGUAUGUGGGGCCGCUGUGGAGCAGUCACGACUAUGUUUUGCAGGAUUCCCAGCAGUGUCAGAAAUGGCUGAAGUAAACGCUGUCGGCGCUGGUUUUCUCCUGCCUUCCACUAUGAACGCCAUAUUCCAGGUCCAGGAGGAAGCCUGCGCCGCUACUGCUGCUGCUGCUGCUGCUGCCACUGCUGGUGGUACCGCUGCCUCUGCGGCUCCUCCAGCAUCUCAAAGCAGCGAGGACUACUUAUUCGUGGAGACCAGGCACCCCAACACAGUCCUGCAGGGCCUCAACAGUCUGCGGCUGAACAACGCCUUCUGCGACGUGACCCUGUGCUGUGGGGGGCAGGAGUUCCCCUGCCAUCGCAUCGUGCUGGCUUCUUUCAGCUCUUACUUCCAAGCCAUGUUCUCAGCUGAUCUCAUAGAGUCUAAGCAGGAGCGUGUUGCCAUCAAUGGUGUAGAACCACAGAUGAUCGGCAUGCUGGUGAGCUAUGCCUACACAUCAGAGGUCUACAUCUCCAAAGCCAACGUGCAGGCGCUGCUUGCAGCGGCCAACCUGCUGGACGUGAUGGCUGUUCGAGAGGCCUGUUGUCGCUUCAUGGAGCGUCAGAUGGAUGAGAUGAACUGCGUGGGGAUUCACUGCUUCGCCGAGGCCCAUUCUUGUAAGGUGCUAGAGAAACGGAGCAUGGACUACAUCCUGGAGCAUUUCACGACCGUUUGUCAACAGGAGGAGUUUCAAUCUUUGUGUGUGGAUAAAUUGACAGAAAUCAUUUCCAGUGACCUUCUCAAUGUGCCUAAAGAGGAAAUGGUGUUCGAAGCUGUCAUGUUGUGGUUGAAUAAAUGUCCAUCUCGCAAGCACAGCUUUGAAAAGGUGCUUGAGCACAUUCACCUGCCUCUCAUCAGUCCUUACUAUCUCCACGAUGUGAUUGAGUCUUUGGAUGUAGUGAAAGAAAGCCAGGCCUGCCAAAAGCUCAUCUCUGAGGCCAAGGACUACCUACUGCUUAAAGACCGCCGUGGGGAGCUCUACUGCUCCCGUGCCAGGCCUCGCAGGUCCACCGGGACCGCUGAAGUCAUCGUGACGGUUGGCGGGGAGGAUGACAAGGUGGUGCUGCGCAGCGUCGAGAGUUUCGACCCGGUGACAAACCAGUGGAAGAAUCUAGCGUGCCUGCCCUUUGCUGUGAGCAAACACGGCUUGGUCGUGUCAGAUUCGACUCUGUACCUGGCAGGAGGAGAGUUUCCAGACGGUUCGGCGAGCAGAGAGAUGUGGCGCUAUGACCCCUGCUUCGACUCGUGGAUGGAGAUGGCUCCCAUGAAUGUAGCUCGCUCUGAGUUGGGUUUGGUGAUGCUGGAUGGCUUCGUGUAUGCUGUCGGUGGGUGGGAGGGCCGCUCCCGCCUGGACUCUGUGGAAUGCUACAAUCCUCACACAAACUCUUGGCAGUUUACGAAGUCUGUAAAAAUGGCCGUCACAAGUCCUGCGGUCGUAGCACUAGAUGGCCUACUGUAUGUUACAGGUGGUGCAGUUCUCGAGGACGGCGAUGGUACUGACCUAGCACAAGUUUACAACCCUAAAACUGCAACGUGGACAGAGGUUGCCCCAAUGCAGAUUGCUCGCUCAGGUUCAGCUGCCUGUACUCUGAAAGGGAAGAUCUAUGUCAUAGGUGGAUGGCAUGCGUCAACUGAGAACACAGACAAGGUUGAGUGCUACAAUCCAAAAACCAAUCAGUGGACGAUGUGUGCCCCCAUGAAGGAAAGGCGGUACAGGCCUGGUGCUGCUGUAGUUGAUGGCAAGAUUUAUGUCCUAGGAGGAGAAGAAGGCUGGGACAGAUAUCAUGACACUAUUGAGAGGUACUGUGAAGAAGCCGACACUUGGGAGAUUGGCGGGGAGAUGCCCACCAGUCGAAGCUGGCUCAGCUGCGUGUCUCUCCAGCUCCGGAAGGAUAUCCCUGCAAACAGUUGUCCUGACACGACGACCGACAGCUGAAGCACCCCGUCAGACUUCCUGCUGACGGGUUUUAAUAACACUUGCACAAUCCUUGGAGGCCGCAGGCUGCCGAGCUCAGAGCUGUGGAGGCCUUCGAACUUGAGAAGCGGCGCAAAGCUGUGACUGUUUGACAUGAUGGUGAUCAGUUCCAUUCAGUGACUGCUUGUGGAGUAAGUCUAGUUUACUUGAGUUACUCAGUUUGCGAUUGUGGUUAAAAUAGGUGUUCAUCUAGAGGAUCUUGAGUUACUACUAUGACCCACUUUCAAUUCAGGAGUGCGUCUUUGCUCUGUGUGUGGAGGAUAUUUUAGUGUCCAAGCAACACAAUCUAAGGAAGCUCCCAGCCAAUACAAUGUAUUUUUGUAUUAUGUGGUGUAUUUAUUUGGGAGUUAACUGUCAGAUCAACCUUUUGUACAUAGUUUACAUGUUGUAAUGCAAGCUCUGUUGGACACAGCAUCUUAUAGAUAUGUUCGAGAUUUCCUGUGGUAAAAAGAAAUGUGCACUUGUCUUUAGUUAGAUCCUUUAAGUUUUAAAUGUUUGUAUUUUUCAAUAUGUAUUUUAUUAAAUAUAUUUUUGUAAUGUGGUGUGAGUCCAUCAUUAUGGUGAAUUGUAAGUAAAGAUAUGUUGUAAUAAACAUUUGUAAUAUGUCUUUA